CAUACACAAAAAAAUUUUUUUUCUUUUGAUAAAAAAUUAUCCAACGAUUAAAAUUUAUUAUUUUAUUUGAAAUAUAGUGAUUUUUUUUUGUGUUUUAAUUAUAUACUACAACGAAAAUGUCAAACAUAAAAUGUAACGCUAAAGAACGUAUAAUAUUAAACUAUGAAACAUUUCGAUCAACGCUAACGGCAUAUCCUGAAACGAUGCUCGGCACAAUGUUUGAAGAACGAAAUAAAUCAUUAUUGCAUCCAAUAAAUGGUAACGAAUAUUAUAUUGAUAGAAAUGGUCGAUUAUUUUAUUGUAUAUUACAAUUUUAUCGAACCGGAAGAAUCCCAUCUGCAGACCAAGUGAAAUGCUCGAUACCUAUAACGCAAGAAGAACUUGAUGCAGAAUUAGAUUAUUUCAUGAUACCUCGACCAAAACGUUUAUUAUCAAAAAAAUGUACCAAUAAUAAACAAACUGCUCAAUUAUCUUUAAGAAGUCGAACAAUAGCUGCUGAAUUAGAUGAUCUCGUUACAUCAUUAAAAACAGCGAUUAAUCGAGCGAUAAUAUAUUUUCAAAAAAGAUUUAUAAUGUCAAAGGGGGUUGGUUUUAAUAUAACACUCGAAAUUUCUUUUUAUGCGUCAGAUCGUAUGCAACCCUCAAUUACCGUAUUACCAACGAUAAUAGGAAAAUCUCCUGUGCCAUUAAUAGCAGAAGUUAUAAAUAAACCUGCAUUUGGUACAAGAGCUUAUGUAUUAUUAAAUGGUUUUGGUGAUAAAAUUGGCGAACAUUUAGAAGAAUCUUAUCCGGGAUUAUGUUGGGACCUUAAUUGGUUUGAAUAUUAUAAUGAUUCCGGUUCUUUAGAUUCCAAAUAUCGUGUGAGAAUACAAAUAUGCGAUGAUUUCGAUUACGAAGAAAUAAUUAAGAAUUGUUGUUUAUCGGCUACUUCGUUAAAAUAUAGUUACUACUAACCUUUAUUCCCUUUUCGUCGGGAUAAUUUUUAUUUCGUAUUUUUCGUCACACUCCAAACGAAUCGAUAACUGAGGAAAAUCACAGAUUAUGUACAAAAUAUUUUAAGAAUUCUCAUCGAAUUUUUAUUGUAAAUAAUAUGACUAUAAGAAAAAAAAAAAAUAAAUAAAAAAAAUAAUUAAUUAUUUAAUAAAUAAAACAAGUAAAAUAAAC